AUGGCCGACUUGGCCGUCCUUGACCCUGCCCUUUUCAAAGACAACAACCUGGAGAGUGCGGAGGUGUCUGAAAUGGCAUUCGCUUGUCUGCGAACGCAAAUUUUCUCCCUGGCCGAGUGCGAUCGGAUUAUGCUUGGACCUGACGAGAGUGAUGAUAACACGGAGUCACCCAUGACAGCACAAAAAUUCAUUGAGUGCUACUCUCGGAUCAACGUCUACAAAACUCACGGAUUUUCUUCGCAGUGGGACGCGUACUCCUGGUAG